AUGGCACGUAUUGAUGUCGAUCUGGAAAAUAGGUUCAAGUUUUUUUUCAUGUGUAUGGGGUGUUCUAUACGAGGGUUCCAACAAUUCUGUCGUCCGGUGAUAUGCAUUGAUGCUUCACACUUAAAAGGAAAGUAUCUUGGGUCUCUUUUCAUUGCUGUUGCCAAGGACGGUAAUAAUCAAAUUUACCCACUUGCAUUCGGUAUUGGGCACAAAGAGGGACUAGAUACAUGGACGCCGUUUUUGACGUACCUUCGCAUGUGCAUUGGUGAUUUGCCGGAUUUGGCUAUUAUUUCUGAUCGUCAUCAUUCAAUAAUUGCGGCGGUCGCAAACGUAAUGCCUCACGCUCGUCAUGGGUUUUGUAAUUUCCAUAUCAAGGGUAACAUGCGUUCGCAGUUUAAAAAUACUAAACAUAUUGAAGGACUAUUUUGGAGAGCUGCUAAGGCAUAUCGUCUCACGGACUUUCAAGCCGCUAUGAAUAGAAUUGCUAGAGUAAAUCCCGCUGCAACAACCUAUUUGACCGACAUUGGGUAUGACAGAUGGGCACGUGCGCACUUUGGAGGAUGGCGGUACAAUAUUAUGACGACCAAUAUUGCUGAGUCCUUCAAUGCUUUAACACGGACUGCUCGUGCUUUGCCUAUCACUAUAUUGGUAGAGUUUCUUCGAAGCACGCUACAACAUUGGUUUUUCAAUAGGCGAAACAUGGCUGGUCAGAGAUCUCACCCGUUAACACCAUGGGCUGAGGACAAGCUUGCUCGACAUGUGUUCAAAUUUGCCAACAUGAUUGUUAAACCAAUCAACAUGCAACAAUACGAAGUUCAUGACUCACGCCAACAAGUUUUCAUCGUGAAUCUUCUAUAUCGAACGUGUGAUUGUGGAAAAUUUCAACGAUCCCAGAUUCCAUGUGCACACGCUGCUGCUAUCGCAAGGUAUAAUAACCUAUCAGACUGUGUAGGCUGGGUCAGUACAUACUACUCUACUGAAUAUUUACGUAGGGUAUACGAGGAAGAUAUUAAUCCACUAGGGGAUCAAUCAACUUGGGCACCAUCAAAUUUGCCUGUGAUUUUUCCUCCUGUGAUGGAGCAACGAAGGUCUGGUUGCCCUUCCAGUUAUGCAAGAAGACCUUCACAAGGAGAAGAAGUUCGACAACAAUACUGUAGUUGA